AUGACUUUCGAUCACCUCGUCAACGCCCUCAGGAACCGACUAGGGGAACACCAUGGCAUAUCCGACGAAGAAGUAGACACUGAAGAGUUGAAGUCACUUAUGAGGGACUACAUAUCGCAAGAGUCCGAAUGGGCACAGUAUGCCUUCAAGUCCGCCACGAAGCACUACACAAGGAAUCUGGUAGACAAGGGAAACGGCAAGAGCAACUUGCUGAUCCUCGUUUGGACCCCUGGGAAAGGCAGUCCAGUCCAUGACCACGCGAAUGCGCACUGCAUCAUGAAAGUCCUCAAAGGUCGAUUGGUAGAGACGCGGUAUAUGUGGCCCACCGUCCACCUCAACAAUGGCGAGAGACGGCCCUUGCAAAUCGAGAAAGAGACUAUCUACAACGAGAACGAGGUGACAUACAUGUCGGACAAGCUCGGUCUGCACAAAAUCCGCAACCCUGACGAGAAGGAAUACGCCGUGUCUCUUCAUCUGUAUACCCCUCCCAAUGCGGCCGUCUACGGGUGCAACACCUUCGAUGAACAGACCGGCCGACCCAGCCAUCAGAAAACUUGCCCGCUCUACUCCGAGUACGGGCGGCGGACGAAGACUCUAUGUUGA